UUUCUACAUAAAUAGCCAUUUCCCUCGAAAUAACUUUUAUAUAGCUCCUUGGAAGAAGGUCGUAAUGUUUUUAGAUUAAUCCAAAUACUAUCUCUACAAGAAGUGCAUAUAGGCCACAAAAAAAAGACUGUAUAUAGUUGGCGUAAUUUAAAGGCUGCGACAAGCUAAAGGUUGCGAAUUACAUUCACCUGCAUAAGCAGAUUAUAUCUCUGAAUCAUAGCUUUACCUUAAAGAUUACUGCACUAAUAGUACAACUAAUAAUAAAAUGGAGUCCAGGAAGCUAACCAUGAAAGGAUACAUGCUUCCUUAUAUUGUCAACUUAUCUGCUAAUUUCAUUAUCCAUAAAACAAAAAAUGGUGCACACUAUGACCUUUUUGUGGAUUAUGAUAAUUGUGAAGAACUAUGGAAUCAAACACUUAUAUCAUUUCCAAAAAAUGAUGAUUUUGAGUUAGAUAGGUUAAAAUUAUCAUUUUUAAUGAGUCUGUUUCAAUUCAUAUCAAUAUCAAAAUCUCCUUGUUUGAAGUUGAGUGACAACUACUUGUCCUCUAAUAACUAUAUAAUUGAUCAUCGUGCAUGUUGCAAUUUAAUUAAGAAAGAAAUCUCAAAAUGUAUUGAACUGAAAGGCUUUAUUUCUAGGGAACAAGGCGAUUCAAUAAUUCAGCUAUGGUGUUUGUCGAAUAUGUUUUCUAUUCCUUUUCCAUUGCCUGCAAAUAUAAAUACCAGGGCAGGCUUAAAGAAGUUCUUCACAUCAAGGCGUCCUGCAAUCUUGAAUGAAUACAAUUUAUUAGAUCCACAAUAUCCAGAAUUAUUGACAGUGUUUUCUCCAAAAAAUUAUCAACCAGUUGAAAUAAAUACAAAUAAAGUGCAAGAAGCUUUAAUUACAAACAGCAGGUUAGUAAGGGUAACUAAGGACCUUGAUGUGAGUCUGAACGCAAAAGCAAUAUGUUUAGGUCCAUUAUUGGCAUUACUUGAAACUAAGUUUAUAGAACUUAGAUUUGAAGAUCAAGUUUAUGAGAAUAAUCGAUCAAUUCCUGAUCAUACUUACACUUACGAAAAGUGUGGUCAGACAUACCAGGUACCGAUUGAAGUAAAGGUCGGAGGUGUGUAUCAUUCUAUGCUCAAUGAUAAAGAUACAUUUAAAGAAUAUACAUUACAGUCAAUGUAUCAGAUGAUCUCGAUGAAGAGUAGGCUAGGAAUAUUACUAGACCCAAAGGUAAUAGUGGUAAUAAAAGUAUCAAGUAAAAACUUCGAUGAGAAGAAUAAUUGCAAACUGAAUCGCUAUAAAAUUCACUAUGAAAUUGGAUGCUACGAGUUUGGGUCGACACAAAGUUUGACAGGAAUUUUAUUAAUCGUUUUGAAUGAUCAUUUAAGCACGGUAAAUGAAACCUCUCUAAAACAAAUGGAAGGGUUGGCUACCGAGUUAAGGAGAACGAGGGAACAAAAAGAUAAAGAGGAUAAUUUGAAUUAUGAACUUGCAGAAAAAGCUUGGUCUGGUAUUGCAGAGGGAUACCUAAGGAAUCGUGAAAUGGACUAUUACAUUCUUCGUAAUUCAAAAUUCAGCAUUCCCUACAAAUACUUUAAAUAUCUAAAAUCAAUGUAUUUAUCAAGCCAAACGUUAGUGGAAAAUGACUUCAUAAUUACUAUGAAAAUUCAAGGUGGAGAUGAAGAGGACAGAGAGAAAUAUCUUUCACAGGUGGUGUUGGUAGAUUACAUUAAUCCCGAACUGAAUGUCAAUACAGAUCUUAUACUCAAGGUUUAUAAUAGUGUAUAUGCACCAAGAGAAAUUUUAUCUUCGCAAGUUGAAGGUACCUUUAACGAAGCCUUAUCUUUUGUGAUGAGUAUGUUUGCAACAGAAAUUAAUGUUUAUGAAACUUUACGAAAAGGAUUACCAGAAGGUAUUGAGGUAGCGAAGCCAGAUAGUGCGGGAACUAACGAGGGUCAUACGAAUUGCAUCCCGCACAUAUAUCUGUACGGUUACCUCAAGUGGAAAGAUCCAUAUAAUGGAUUUUAUAUUUUAGAAGAGUAUAUCAAGCCUAAUAAAGUAGAAAAAGCUAAAGCUCUAGAAUUAGCAAAAGAAGCAUUGGAAUCCAUACAUAGCAACGGUAUUAUCCAUGGAGAUAUUAAACUUUCCAAUUUAAUAUUUGCUAGAGAUAAAUGCUACUUUAUAGAUUUUGGCAUGGCCAAAAUCAAUUCUUUUCACAAGCUUGAUGAUGUUACUGAAAGAGAAAAGAAAAGUGAAAUGAUCAAAUUAGAAAAUGUAAUUCAAAAGCUUCCCGAUGAUGAUGAAAUCACUGAAGAUGAUGAAAUAACUGAAGAAUAAAUGGAAAGUUAAAUGAUGAAAUUAGAAAAAGAAAUUGAAAGCCUUUGGUAUUCAGUUUAUAUUUAUGUAUCCUGAUUUAUUUAAUUAAAUAUUAGUUUAAUCAAUAUUAUGUAGUACAGAUGGA